AUUACUCCACUUGUGACAAUCGAGGCAUCUCUCCUUUAUGAUUCUCUUCAGAGUCGUAUUGCUGACUUGCGAGCACAUGCAUGCAUGACGUAGUGUUGGGGGCCAUUGACACGGUUGGUUGCAUUGCAGUUGGCUUUCCUGCAGCAAACACCUGCGUCACCCAAAGAGGCCUCUUCAUUGCUUACAGUCUCCAGACAGAAGAGGCAUGGAGAAGAACAAAAAGAAGACAAAAACAUACAACAGCCGGUAUUCGCUGGUCGUCACCGACCCAACUACUAAUCAGCCCCUUAGCGGCUUGACUAUGGGAGAGCGGACGGGAUCCC